ACCGCGUUAUGUUUUAUUAAAUAAUUUAUCAUUGCGUCGGGUAUUGACGUCGCGUUUAAAUCGCUUCGUGAUAAGAAUUUAUUAUUAAUGUUUAUGUUUAUUUGAGCACAGUUUUGUGAUGUGAUUUAUUUUUGGUGAAUUUUUUAAGACAUAAAAUGAACCUCUGCUCGCUCCCGAUAUGGGGUUUGGCUCUAAUAGGCAUGCUCACCAUCUUUGUUUAUUUUAUGGACAUAAUAUGGACCUUAUUGCAAUUUUCCAGGGCUAUGUUGGCCCCCUUGUUCCUGCCCAAUGAGGAAAACUCACUUGUGAAGAAGUACGGCCCUUGGGCACUGGUUACUGGUUCAACCGAUGGUAUAGGAAGAUCUUACGCGUUUCAGUUGGCCAAACAGGGAAUAAACGUGGUUCUGGUAAGCAGAAGUCUGGAAAAACUUACCAAAACCCAAAAGGAAAUUGAGUCAAAUUAUCCAGUAAAAACCAAAAUUAUCCAAGCGGAUUUUUCAUUAGGGAAAAAGGCUGUGGAUCUGGUAAAAGAAAAGUUGGAAAAAUUGCAAGUAGGAAUAUUAGUAAACAACGUGGGAAAACAGUAUGAGUACCCAAUGUACUUGGCCGAAGUACCUGAAGAGGAAUUAUGGGACAUCAUUAAAAUUAAUGUGGGUGCCACCACGUUAAUGUGCCGAGCUUUCAUUGGGGAAAUGAAGAAUAUGGGGCGAGGUGCUAUCGUUAAUAUAUCCUCCGGAUCGGAACUUCAGCCUUUACCUUUGAUGAGCGUUUAUGCUGCCUCUAAGACCUAUAUAAAAAAUUUCACUAAAGCCCUCCGCUACGAAUACAGUUCCUUUGGGAUCACCGUUCAGCACUUGGCUCCAAUGUUCGUAGCUACCAAAAUGAACCAUUUCAGCGAUAGAAUACACCAGAAAAGCCUGUUUGUACCUGACCCGGAUAGCUAUGCCAAGUAUGCCGUGUCCAUGUUGGGAAAACUGGAUGAUUCUAGCGGAUAUUGGUCUCAUGGUCUACAAACGUUCUUUACUAAUUUGCCUCCAGAGUGGAUCAGAAUGCAUAUAGGAGGGUACAUGAAUCGGAUCUUCCGGAAGGAUUAUUUAAGGAUAAAAAAAAGUGACGCAUGUAAAAAUUAGAUAAGCAGAAGGGAGAUGAUUGAUUUGCUAUAGUGCAAACGAUAUUUUAAAAUUGUGAUAUUUUUAAAUAGUUACCAGCGAAAUUUGCAUAUAGUUACCAUAAGUUUGUAUAUUUUUAAAUAAAAUAUUGUUUUUUAA